CGGGAAAUAGUACAUCGUCGUAAGGAACGGGAAGCCAAGGAGGAUAGACACCGCUCCAGACCGAAACACAGCUCGAAUUCGGCCAAAUUGCAACAGGCGUUGGAUGCUUACGAACGGGAAUUGCGACGCGAAGCCAAACGGCGACUAGAAUUAUCCGCAUCUGGAGUUUCUGCCACUUCAAACGAUCCGGAAUUUUGGUUAGGCGUGGCCAAACGUCAAACCGGUUCAGAUCGUUGGGGUCAUGAUGGUUGGGAAGAAUUACAACGUCCCGGACCACCAGCAAUUAGUGAAUCGUUCCUUUCCUAUUCGUCUGAAUCGAAAAACAAGGAUGUGUCCGUCAAAACAUCGGUUCCGAAAUUACCGGUAGCACGCGUCACCGCGCCACCGUCAGCACCUUCACCACCAUUACCAUCACCACCACCUUCGAUCAUAACAACAAAAUCAUCAGAUAAGACUGUCCCAAAGAAAACGGAAACCGUGCCUAUUUCAGUUCGUUCUCCCGUAUCGGACCACGGAAAGUCCCAAAAACGAAGCAAAAAAGAGAAAAAAAAGUCGCAGAAAGAUAAACGAACCAAAUUAUCUGGUGAAGUGACUGUNACGUGGUGA